AGAAGCAGCGGCAGCAUCACCACCAGCAUCACCCCAACAAGAGUCGCCCCGAGCCGGGCAGAGGGCGCUGCACUCGUGGCGCACGGAAGGGCCAGGCGGGCCGGGCAUCGCGCAUUCGCUCGCGUCGGGAGCCGCCUCUGCCCACCCGCCCUUGUGCCCCGGCCCCCCGCCGAAGAUGCAGCUGCAGUCGGGCAAGGUCAGGACCUUGCCCUGAAGCGGGGCGGCGGCGCGCACGCCCGCCCGCCCGCAAUCCAUCGCGCCCCCGCCAGACGGACAGACGGACGGACGGACAGACUGCCUGCCUGCCUGCCUGCCUGACAAGCGGCCGCGGCUGGCGGCUGCAUGUUCGCCACGAAGCAGCCGGCGGGCGCAGCGGCGUUCGGAGCUAUGCCUGUUCCUGACCAGCCUUCAUCAGCCUCUGAGAAAACCAGCUCGCUGAGUCCUGGCUUGAACACCUCCAACGGCGAUGGCUCCGAAGCAGAAACCACCUCCGCCAUCCUGGCCUCGGUCAAAGAACAGGAAUUACAGUUUGAAAGGUUGACCCGGGAACUGGAGGCGGAAAGGCAGAUCGUGGCCAGCCAGCUGGAGCGAUGCAAGCUCGGGUCCGAGACCGGAAGCAUGAGCAGCAUCAGUUCGGCAGAGGAUCAAUUUCACUGGCAAUCGCAAGAUGGUCAAAAAGAUAUCGAAGAUGAACUCACAACAGGCCUUGAGCUGGUGGAUUCCUGUAUUCGGUCACUUCAGGAAUCAGGAAUACUUGAUCCACAGGAUUACUCGACAAGUGAACGGCCCAGCCUGCUCUCCCAGAGUGCACUUCAGCUCAAUUCCAAACCUGAAGGGUCCUUCCAGUAUCCGGCCAGCUACCAUAGCAACCAGACCCUGGCCCUGGGGGAGACGGCCCCUUCGCAGCUGCCCGCCCGUGCCACGCAAGCCCGAGGUGCGGGCCAGAGCUUCAACCAGGCCAGCACGAGCCGCGCGGGGCACCUGGGGGGUCCCGAACCUGCCCCUCCGCCGCCGCCGCCACCGCGGGAGCCCUUUGCGCCCAGCCUGGGCAGCGCCUUCCACCUGCCCGACGCGCCGCCCGCCGCCGCCGCCGCCGCCGCCCUCUACUACUCCAGCUCCACGCUGCCCGCCCCUCCGCGCGGGGGUUCCCCGCUCAGCGCCCCACCCGGAGGCUCGCCCACCAAACUGCAGCGAGGAGGCUCGGCUCCCGAGGGUGCCGCCUACACCGCCGCCGCCGCCGCCACCGGCCCCCGCGGCUCGUCGCCCAAGCAGUCACCCAGCCGCCUGGCCAAGUCCUACAGCACCAGCUCGCCCAUCAACAUCGUGGUGUCCUCGGCCGGCCUGUCCCCGAUCCGCGUGACCUCGCCCCCCACCGUGCAGUCCACCAUCUCGUCGUCGCCCAUCCACCAGCUGAGCUCCACCCUUGGCACCUACGCCACCCUGUCGCCCACCAAGCGCCUGGUGCACGCGUCCGAGCAGUACAAGCACUCGCAGGAGCUGUAUGCCACCGCCACCCUGCAGAGGCCCGGCAGCCUGGCAGCGGGGUCCCGUGCAUCCUACAGCAGUCAGCACGGCCACCUGGGCCCUGAGCUGCGGGCCCUGCAGUCCCCGGAGCACCACAUUGACCCCAUCUAUGAAGACCGAAUUUAUCAGAAGCCCCCGAUGAGGAGUCUCAGCCAGAGCCAGGGGGACCCUCUGCCGCCAGCACACACCGGCACCUACCGCACGAGCACAGCCCCAUCUUCCCCUGGUGUCGACUCCGUCCCCUUGCAGCGCACGGGCAGCCAGCAUGGCCCACAGAAUGCCUCAGCAGCGGCCACAUUUCAGAGAGCCAGCUACGCUGCCGGCCCGGCCUCCAACUACGCGGACCCAUACCGACAGCUGCAGUAUUGUCCUUCUGUUGAGUCUCCCUACAGCAAGUCUGGCCCGGCCCUGCCACCAGAAGGCACCCUGGCCCGAUCCCCGUCCAUUGACAGCAUUCAGAAAGAUCCCAGGGUUCCAAAGAGCAAGUCUAGAGAGAAACUCUGGCAGCAAUUUCAAAAAGAGGCACCUUUUUUGGAAUUUGGAUGGAGAGACCCAGAGCUGCCUGAAGUGAUUCAGAUGUUGCAACACCAGUUCCCUUCCGUCCAGUCCAAUGCAGCUGCUUAUUUACAGCACCUCUGCUUUGGAGACAAUAAAAUUAAAGCUGAGAUAAGGAGACAAGGAGGCAUCCAGCUCCUGGUGGAUCUGCUGGACCAUCGGAUGACCGAAGUCCACCGCAGUGCCUGUGGUGCGCUGAGGAACUUGGUUUAUGGCAAAGCCAAUGACGAUAACAAAAUUGCCCUGAAGAACUGUGGGGGAAUCCCGGCGCUGGUGAGGUUACUUCGCAAGACGACCGACUUGGAGAUUCGGGAGCUGGUGACAGGGGUCCUUUGGAACCUCUCCUCUUGUGAUGCUCUUAAAAUGCCCAUCAUCCAGGACACCCUAGCCGUAUUGACCAAUGCCGUGAUCAUCCCCCACUCAGGCUGGGAGAAUUCACCUCUUCAGGACGAUAGGAAAAUACAGCUGCAUUCGUCCCAGGUGCUGCGGAAUGCCACAGGAUGCCUCAGGAAUGUCAGUUCGGCCGGAGAGGAGGCACGCAGAAGAAUGCGGGAGUGUGAAGGACUCACCGAUGCGCUGCUCUACGUGAUCCAGUCUGCACUGGGGAGCAGUGAGAUCGAUAGCAAGACCGUUGAAAACUGUGUGUGCAUUUUAAGGAACCUCUCGUACCGGCUGGCAGCAGAAACGUCUCAGGGACAGCAUAUGGGAACCGAUGAACUGGACGGGCUGCUGUGUGGCGAAGCCAAUGGCAAGGAUGCGGAGAGUUCCGGGUGCUGGGGCAAGAAGAAGAAGAAAAAGAAAUCGCAGGAUCAGUGGGAUGGAGUAGGACCACUUCCAGACUGUGCAGAACCACCAAAAGGGAUCCAGAUGCUGUGGCACCCAUCCAUAGUCAAACCCUACCUCACACUGCUUUCUGAGUGCUCAAAUGCAGACACGCUGGAAGGGGCAGCAGGCGCCCUGCAGAACUUGGCUGCAGGGAGCUGGAAGGGCUGGGCUGAGGAUGUGGCAGGCAUGGCGGAUGCCCUACGUUCACUGCCAGAGGGGGCUCCCUGCCUGCCACAGUGGUCAGUCUAUAUCCGAGCGGCUGUCCGGAAAGAGAAAGGCCUGCCCAUCCUUGUGGAGCUGCUGCGAAUAGACAAUGACCGUGUGGUAUGCGCAGUGGCCACGGCUCUCCGGAACAUGGCCUUGGACGUGAGAAAUAAGGAACUCAUAGGUAAAUAUGCCAUGCGAGAUCUAGUGCACAGGCUUCCAGGCGGAAACAACAGCAACAACUCAGCAAGCAAGGCCAUGUCAGAUGAUACAGUAACUGCUGUGUGCUGUACCUUGCACGAAGUCAUCACCAAGAACAUGGAGAAUGCCAAGGCCUUACGGGAUGCAGGCGGCAUUGAGAAGUUGGUUGGCAUCUCCAAGAGCAAAGGAGACAAGCACUCUCCAAAAGUGGUCAAGGCUGCAUCUCAGGUCCUCAACAGCAUGUGGCAGUAUCGAGAUCUGAGGAGUCUUUAUAAAAAGGAUGGAUGGUCCCAAUACCACUUUGUAGCCUCAUCAUCCACCAUUGAGAGGGACCGGCAAAGACCCUACUCCUCGUCCCGCACACCUUCCAUCUCCCCUGUGCGCGUAUCUCCCAACAACCGCUCAGCAAGUGCCCCAGCCUCACCUCGGGAAAUGAUCAGCCUCAAAGAAAGAAAAACAGACUAUGAGUCCACUGGCAGCAAUGCCCCCUACCACGGGGCCAAGGGGGAGCACACGUCCAGGAAGGACACAGCGACAGCUCAAAACACUGGAAUUUCCACUUUGUAUAGGAAUUCCUAUGGUGCACCCGCUGAAGACAUCAAACAUAACCAGGUCUCCGCACAGCCUGUCCCACAGGAGCCCAGCAGGAAAGAUUACGAGCCCUACCAGCCUUUUCAGAAUUCCACAAGAAAUUACGACGAGUCCUUCUUCGAGGAUCAAGUCCACCACCGUCCUCCUGCCAGCGAGUACACCAUGCACCUGGGACUCAAGUCCACGGGCAACUAUGUCGACUUCUACUCAGCCGCCCGACCCUACAGUGAACUGAACUAUGAGACCAGCCACUAUCCCGCCUCCCCAGACUCCUGGGUGUGAGGCAGCAUUGGCGGCGGCACCCCGGGGCCCGAGCAUGUGCAUGCAUAUACCACGAGACAUGGCGUUUUUUGUUUUCUUUUUCAGUUGACUUUUUUCUCCCCCUGCAAAUUUAGUUCUUUGAAAGCCUGUUCCCUAGGAAGGCGGUGAUAACCAGUAAGACAUCUCCAGAGCUCUUUUUAGGAAGCUCCAUGUCCCCCCCUCCCCCCAAUAUUAAUCUGGAAGGUGACAGAAGCUAAAGCCAUCCUAAUCCACACCCUUCCGAUCUGAGCUGGUUCUAGCAGACGUGCCUAUGUGGAACGUGGCUGAAGGCAGCAGAGGCGGCAGUGUCGGGGUUCUAGGGGAGGCUUUUGGGAUUCUCAUGCCAGCACGGGAGGCAGCUUAGCUCACACACUUUUGGGGAACGGCUUUUCAUGCUUUGUUUACUCUCUUCAUCCGUUGUGAUUCUAGGCUUCCAGCUGCAUCGGGGUUCCUCUGUACAGCGAGAUGUUUCUUGCCUUUUGUUAAUGCAUCGUUGUAAAGUAUUUGAUGUACAUUACAGAUUAAAGAAGAAAAGCGCAUUGUGUAUAUUACACAAAUGCCCCAGUGUUUCCUCAUCUAUGGUUCUGAAUAUUGCUUCAAUUUCCAACUUUUGAAAGAUGUAAUGAUUUCCAGUUUUCCUUUUCUUUUCUUUCCUCCCGGUAUGUUUUAACAAAAAAAAAAAAAAUGGGGAAAAAAAGGAAUAUUUAGCAGUAUUGUUCGUUCUGAUAUGUGAAUUUGUUUGUGGCAACUAAGCAAGGCAUUCAGCAGUCUCCGACAAUUAACAUCCAUCAUUCCACACUCCUUGUCAACAAAGUGCUUUUUCACUGCCUAAACUUUUAGAUGUAGAUAUUUGAAAUAGAUUUUUUCAUUUAUACCAGUUUUCUUUAUGAUGAUACAGUGUUAAAAGAAAAUAAAUUACAAUUGAUCUGUCA